AGACAGGCAGAGUGAGAGUGAGCAAAAGCAACAGAGUUGCGGAAAAAACCCGUUUGAUUUAAUAAACGACGAGACGUCGGCGAGCAGACAACGCGACCCAAUUAAUAGUGGAAUUAUAAAUAAACGGCAUAUUGCUUAUAGAAAUUUUUCAUAUAAUUUGAACAAUUUUCAAAGUCAUGGCGUUUCUCAAUAAGCUUGCAGCGCCUGCAUUGCGACAGCUGGUUGCCAGUCGUUCAUAUGCAGCCGUCUCACAUGUGUCGCCCACUGGCACCUCCUUUGCGCUGACGGAGGAGCAGCAACAGCUGCAGGAGCUGGCACGCAAGUUUACACGCGAGGAGAUCAUUCCUGUGGCAGCGCAAUACGACAAAUCCGGCGAGUACCCAUGGCCCAUUAUCAAGAAGGCCUGGGAACUGGGUCUGAUGAACAAUCACAUCCCAGCGGAGUUGGGUGGCCUGGAAUUGGAUGUGUUCACCACAUGUCUGACGGCCGAGGAGUUAGCUUAUGGCUGCACCGGCAUCAUGACGGCGCUGGAGGCCAGCGGUCUGGGCCAAACACCUGUGAUCUUAUCAGCCAAUAAGGAGCAGAAGAAAAAGUAUCUGGGCCGACUGCUGGAGGAGCCCCUGGUGGCUGCGUACUGUGUGACGGAACCGGGUGCCGGCUCCGAUGUGAGUGGCAUUAAGACGCGUGCCGAGAAGAAGGGCGAUGAGUAUGUGCUCAAUGGCCAGAAGAUGUGGAUCACAAACGGUGGCGUUGCCAACUGGUACUUUGUGCUCGCCCGCACCAAUCCCGACCCCAAGUGCCCGGCUAGCAAGGCUUUCACUGGCUUCAUUGUCGAUCGCGAUACACCCGGUCUGACGCCUGGCCGUAAAGAGCAGAACAUGGGCCAGCGUGCCUCCGAUACGCGUGGCAUUACCUUCGAGGAUGUGCGUGUGCCCAAGGAGAAUGUAUUGGUUGGCGAGGGUGCGGGCUUCAAAAUUGCCAUGGGCACCUUUGAUAAGACCCGCCCACCAGUCGCUGCCGGCGCCGUUGGCCUCGCACAGCGUUGCAUGGACGAGGCACUGAAGUAUGCACUGGAACGCAAAACUUUCGGUGUUCCGAUUGCUCAUCAUCAGGCCGUGCAGUUCAUGCUGGCCGACAUGGCCAUUGGUGUGGAGACAUCGCGUCUGGCGUGGCGUCUGUCCGCCUGGGAGAUCGAUCAGGGACGUAGGAACAGUUACUAUGCCUCGAUUGCUAAGUGCCAUGCCGCCGAUAUGGCCAACAAGAUUGCCUCCGAUGCCGUGCAAAUCUUUGGCGGCAAUGGCUUCAACAGCGAAUAUCCCGUUGAGAAGCUAAUGCGCGAUGCCAAGAUCUAUCAGAUCUAUGAGGGCACCUCACAAAUCCAGCGCCUCAUUAUCUCUAGAAACAUGUACGAGACGGCCAAGGGCAGUGCUGUUUGAUAAUCUAUCAACCACUUUGUAAUCCUCACACACGAAAAAAAAAAAACGUCAAAUAAAAUAAGUUAGGUUACUUAAA